GGAAAGGCGGGCGCGGGGGGGUUGCGCCUACGCAUUGCCCACCGCACCUUGCCGCCCGCCGACCGCCAGUCAGCAACUGUGGCUCGUGUUGGCUGAACCAUCUGUAGGGCCAUCUUCUUUUUCUUGCCGUAGGACACCCAAACCCACAUAAACACAAUGGCGGAUGAUGAAAAAAAGCGUCUCGAUGAGGCGAAGAAGGCCAAACAGGCCGAAAUCGACCGCAAGCGUGCUGAGGUGCGCAAGCGCAUGGAGGAAGCCUCCAAGGCCAAGAAGGCGAAGAAAGGUUUCAUGACCCCCGAGAGAAAGAAGAAACUUAGGUUGCUCCUCCGUAAAAAAGCCGCUGAGGAAUUGAAGAAAGAACAGGAACGCAAAGCAGCGGAGAGAAGGCGCAUCAUCGAAGAGAGGUGCGGCAAACCCAAGAAUGUUGACGAUGCAAACGAAGCGGAACUGCAGACGAUAUGUCAAAUGUACUGGCACAGAAUAUACAACCUUGAGGGGGAUAAAUAUGAACUAGAACGAGCUAUCCAAAUUAGGAAAAUGGAGAUCUCCGACCUGAACUCUCAAGUCAAUGACCUCAGAGGCAAAUUCGUCAAACCAACACUCAAGAAGGUAUCCAAAUAUGAAAACAAAUUCGCCAAGCUCCAGAAGAAGGCUGCUGAAUUCAACUUCCGUAACCAAUUGAAGGUUGUUAAAAAGAAGGAAUUCACCCUUGAAGAAGAAGAUAAAGAGGGUGGUGCUGGCGCCAAGAAAAAGCCAGACUGGUCCAAGGGCAAGCCAGGAGAUCAGAAGGAGGGUGCUCCGGGCGAUGCCGCAGCAGCACCCACGGCAGCAGCGGCACCAGCGGCAGCAGCACCAGCAGCAGCACCGGCACCAGCCGCACCUGCUCAGGCAUAAACUGAAGCUAGGCUACAGAGAAAUCUCAGCAGAGUUCAUCACAGGUCGCUGCAUCAUGUAUGAAAAUGUACUUUUCCACCUCAUUGUGAUUCUACAGCACCGUCAUUGUUGCAAUUUCAGAGAACUGUGUAUUAUUAUUAAAAAUACUAUUAUUGUUAAUUUUUUAUA